GGACUGACGUGAGAACGCACUGCACCGGAUGAUACGAGGGGCUAGGAUUGCUGGAUGAUCAUCUGUGAUUGCCAGGACGAAGGUUCCUAUUGAGUAAGCUGCGAAUGGUGUCAGGAGUUGAGAGACGUGGACAGCCGCGGAGAUAUUCAUGGAAAGUUCAUCCAUUCAUCCUUGAAAGAAUGAACGGAUGCCAACGACCCCGUUCAGUUUCGACGAAGAUCUCGGUCACAUGACUCAUGCAUUGCAAUCACGCACAGCCAUCAGAACCUAUGCAACGAUGCACCAUCUGCCAGGGCUUCCACUUACUUCGACUGCUGUGAACUCCCUUUUCAGAUAACCCCCGUCUGCUCUAGAUCCACACGGCUUUCUGGAAGAUACCAACGCACAAACUCCGCAACCUGCAAGCCUCGUCUCGCACUGAGGAUUUGCCACGCGUCUCACAACCCUCCAACUGUACCUUGAAAACAUGUGGGCCGGAGGAGGAGGAGGAGGAGGAUACAUCCCGCCACCGACGAGUGCCGUCAUGGGCGGACAGCCAGCAGCUGGUCUUCCCGCUGGAUUCCCGGCGCAUGGGCGUCAAUCGAGUCAAUCCGGUGCGGCAGACCCAUGGGGCAGCAUGGCCGCGCAAGGCUGGGGCGCCCUCGGCGGCGGCCGCCCGCCCACGCCCGGUGCGCCGCAGACCCCAUGGCUGCAACAUCAACAAUCCGCACCGCCCGCCUCGGCGCCUCUGUGGUCUGGCCACGCACCCCCUGCGACGGGCCAGCAGCAAUGGCCGCCGCCGGGGAUGCAGCGCCAGCAAUCGCUCGGCGCACCGCCCGGGUGGGGGCCACAGCCGCAGGGGCUGCCUGCGGCCGCUGGGUGGCCCGGGUGGGGUGCCCAGGCCCAGGCCCAUUCCGCACCGUCGACACCGCACCCUGGAUGGGGUCAGUCGCGCGUCCCUGGAUGGGGCCCGAGUCCGGCGCAUGGCCCGCAGCAGUUUGCAGGGAUGACUUCGCCGACGCACGCGGACGGCUUCAGUGCAAUGGCUGCACCGCCCGAGCCGCCGAUGGGUCAGCCGAACAGCUGGUUUGGGGCGGGGGCUGGUGCAGACCGUGGCGGUGGUGGUGGAUUUCCGCCGGGUUACGCCAAUGCAACGGCGUACCCCUCCCAGGGAGCCGGGCCGAAGAAGUGGGGCGUGUAUGACCCGACGGAGGAGCUCGAGGAGGGCGAGGAGUACUUCGAUUAUUCGGAUGAGGAGGAGACGCUCAAUGGCGCAGACUGGGGUCACGCCCCGCACGUUAAUCAGCCACAGUCGAAGGGGAAACCGAGAGCUGAUCCCUGGUCUCAGCUUCCCUCUGGCUCGACAAUCCCAGCAUGGGUCCAAAACACUCCAGUACAGCAACCAAUGGGGCGGCCACAGCUGGGGCCGCAGGGUUUUGCUGCUGCUCAGGCUGGUGGCUUACCGGCGACCCCCGCCCUGCAAGCUUCGUGGGGCAUGGAGCAUGCUGCGCCGAGCGAUCGCCCGGCCUGGGCUCAUGAUCCACGUACGAUGGAAGCGUUGGCGUUAGCGCGGUCCAAGUCGCGAAACGGCGGCGCCACCUCUUCCAAGCUGAGAGGUCGGUCGAAUUCGGUUGGAGGUGCAGGGACCCCUGGUUGGGGGCAACAGCCCCUCCCGUUAAGCGAGCACAACCUCGCUCCACGCCCAGCGGCGUGGCGGGAGGGAUACUCUCCGCGGCAUGCGCAUGCUGCCGAUGGAACGUUCUCAUUCUUCCGCAAGAAGAGCCUUGACGCGAACAGCGAUUGGAUUGAUCUCAAGAAACGGACGUUGCUGCCGGUGCUCGUGUACAAUCCUGCGAAGCCGACGCUGAAGUACGACAUGCGGGACUCGCUCCAGCAAACUUCACACAUGGGCCGUUUCUCUCCUUCAAAUCCCCAUGCCCUGCUAGAGGAGGCCACCUCGCCGCCUGCAGCGAGAAUGCGACUGUACCACACGCGUCUGCCGUGGUACAUCGAUGUCGCAUCGAAGCCUGGAUCUGCGGGCGUGUCGCUCUACGACCUGCUGUUUGCUCUGCACACCCAGCUCGAUCAGCCAGUUUCGUCUGAGGACUUUUUCAACACCGAACUGGGCAAGGUCGACCGGGCAGAGCUGACGUCGACGUGGACCGUUCGGUGUCGGCGCCUGCGAAAGCAGCACCUCGAGAAGGAAGAACGGGAAAAGGGUCUAAAGCGGAUCGACUUUUUGGGCUCACAGUGCUUGUUUGUGGGGUUGGUCAGGAAUAAUGGAUUGUGGGAAAUCAAAACUGUGUCUGAAUAAUGUUGUUCACCUUGUAAUCGUUGCUACAAGUUUGUGUCCGCGCUCUGAUAUCGCCUGUUUGUAUCAUGCCAUGUAUCAAUCUCCACUACUUCUUCUUUCGAGAGACGACUCUGAGCUGGACCAGUCCUAAGUCACCCGAGGAACAACGACCAGAUCAAGCUGAUUGAUCCAAAUCACGUCCCGUCCGGCGACAUCCCUAGUGUUUAUUCACCUCGAGAAAGCGGCAGCGGUAGUGCCUUCCAGGGUCGUGCCAGGAUGAAACACUGAUACUGGCGGGCCUGCCCAGGUACGGGCUGCGCAUACAUUCGCAUUCGGUCCUGUUUCCCCUCUUGGGUCAUGGAUGUAUAGAUAAACAGGACAACGUGGUCUGCCGGGCAUGGACGGCCUGCUUGGCGUCCCGUAAAACUGGGCACCAGCACCGCAACUUGUAGGGAACCUGCACUGCACACUGAUAUGGACGCAACAAACCCGGAGACGAAGGAUAUUCUCGUGGUGUACACGGAGUCCGAGGCGGAUUGGGGCACAGUGAUCAAUGGGCUGGAAGUGACCUCCGGGAUCCGUUAUCGUGCGAUCGACGACCGCAGUCCCCAGUGGAUGCACUUUCUCGAGACGAGCGACCCCGUACAAUCCGAGUACGCGCACCGAUCGACUUUCACGUCAGACACAGCAGGGUCCUCCUCCACAUCCUUGCCGGCUGAGAUUCUGUUCCUCGCAGCGAUCCUCGUGCGGACGGAAGACGAGACCGAGUUCAAUCAGUGGUACGAGGGGGAGCAUUUGGAAGACUAUCGGAGGGUCCCUGGGUGGUCAAGAUCGCGCCGAUACCGGCGGCGGGUGAACACAGACUCGGGGGACUGCGUGCAGUACCUGUCGUUCCACGAAUGGUCCCACGCCGAAUUCGCAGAAACGCCCGAGUUUGUGCAUAUGACGACAAACGCAAACACGGAGCAAUGGAAGGCCGUUCUGCCCGAAAUCGAGGUCCGGGUGUUCGAGAAGAGCGCGGUGUUCGUGCGCCAGGUCUGAGGAUGGAUGGAUGGAUGGAUGGGAGAGUGGCAUGGGAAUGAUACAAGUACAGAGUAUUCAAGCUUCGACGCGCAGUAAUCGAUCGCAGCUCCUCACACCCUCUUCCUCAUCCAAAUCUUGCCUUUCGCAUUAGCGAAUCGAGCGGGCCCGAACCAUGCAUCCGGGGGUCCGACACCGGGUACCUCCGCCUUGACGUCGUAGUUGAGCACGACAUGCGCCAGCAUCGCCUUGAGCUCUGCAGCCGCGAAGAACCGCCCCGGACAGGCAUGUCGGCCGUGCCCAAAGACGAGGUGGUCCCGUGCAUUGGUCGUGACCAUCAGCUGAUUGAACGUCCCACUGGUCUCCCGAAGCCGGGAAAACCGAAACGCAUCAAACGUGUCCGGGUUCUCAUAGAACUCUGGGCGAGUAAUCAGCCUCGCAUUCGUUCCCGGCAGAAAAAGCGCACCUGGAUCGAGCUGGACCGAAGACGAGGGGACGCCGACGAAGGAGCCACAUGGAAUGGUGAUUCCGUCCGAGAAAGUGAAUCCCUCUUUCGCAAUGACUUGGCGGAGUAGCGCGACUAUCUCCUCAUGAGUAAUUAUCGGGCCGACGGCGAGCAUGACUCACCGGAACCACUGCCGUGCAUUCGUUGCGACUCGCGCAAGAAGCUGUCGAUCUGGUGCAUAUUGCCGAGAGAACCCUUGGUCCAUCCCUCCGCUGCGGUGACGCGUUCUACUUCUUCCCGCAAAGGUUCCAAGUAUUCAGGGUACUUGGCCAGAUCGUACAAUGCCGCUGUCAGUGUCUGCGCCCUGCGUCAGCUUGUCGCGCCGUCCGUCUUGCAGAUGGGUGCGCACCGUCGACGAGGUGUGGAUCGCUGCCAUGUUCACAGCAAGGAUCCGCAGCGCGAGGUCCUCCACCGUAGGCUCUUCAUUGGCCGGGAGGUCGUCUAUGAGCCACGAGAUGAAGUCGUUCUAGGUGAUCCGAUGUGUCAGUCAGGCAUUCGAAUGGUCAAGCCAACCUACCGGUCGAUCAGCCCAUUCCUUUCCAUGUUCAGCAUCCAUAUCCAAGCGCUCUUGGAGGACUGGCCGCAUGAACGUGAGCGCGUGACGAAGCGAACUGUUCUUGGAUGAUAACAAGGGGGCUAGCAGACUGGGCCGUACUGAUCAACAUAGUCGGGUAACAGCCGGAUGAGUCCCCCACGGGUGAUGAUAUCGAUAGUAUAGUCAAUAUUGAGCUGCACAAACUCCGAAUUUCGGCCUGCCGUAAUGGAUUAGCUCGCCGUCGGCCUUCACGCAGGAUCGCGCACAGAGAGGGAGUCCCACGAAGAUACGGUUGCUCGUGCGCGCCACUACCUGCCUCACUGUCGGCAUCACCGCAACCAGUUUCCAAUCUGCGUUUUCACCAGUCAGACGGAGCAGAUCACGGCAGAAUGAGGCUGGCACCGACGUUCGCCAUCCAAUCCCAAUGUAGACUCGAACGCGUGGAUCAUCUCCUCCCGUACCUGAGGAAACGAGCGACCGAUGUUGCGCGUCAAUCCAGCACAAACGGUGUUUACGUGGUACGGGUUCCGUGUGAACGCCUUGCCUAUCGUCCAGUCGGAUUGCAGGCCCUGCAGCCCAGUUCGUCAAUCGGAAGGUCCGCUGACGCAUGAAAGAUGGCAGCACUAUACGCACAUCCUCGGCUGCAGCAUUGAACGAUAAUACAUCUUCGGGCGCAGCUGCAAUCUCGAGGGCACGCUGCAGUCCGUUCGCGACGUAUUCCCAGUGCCAGAAACCCGGCACACGAAACACGCCGGUGCGGUCCUGCUCUUAUCCGUGCUGCACGACGCCGAGAUUGUCGGCGAACGCGCGCCACGCACUGAGGUACGUCGAGAGGGGGUUGGACUCGGAUCCAAUGAUGAGCGGGAUGGAGCCGUUCCUUG